CGUGACUUCAAUGUGGCGUUGUUUGGAUGUCGUUUGUUCCUCUUGAUUUGAUCGCAGUUUUUGAACAUUUACAUUACACUUUUGCACGACACUCAAGGAGCGCAGCUGCAAGAGGGCGCUCCGCUGUGCUUGCGUGCAACCGGUACGUUUGACAUGCCCGUGUAGUUAAACUUUUGCAUGACACUCGGGGAGUGUAGCUGCAACAGUGCGCUCCGCUGUGCUUGCGUGCAACAGGUGCUUUUGACAUGCCCUUGUAGUCUCAUUCGUAUGUCGUUAUGUUUCGAAGCGCUCUGUUAGCUAGCCGAUGUCGCCUCCUAGGAAUGCCAAGUCGCGCACGGCGCAUUCAUUCCGACUCCAGUUCAUUGUAUGUCCAUUGGCCGUACUGCGAAAAACGCUGCACGUACUGCAAUUUCAACAAGUACAUCAGCCGGAACGUUGACCACGACGUGAUGACCGAGUGCCUCGUUCGGGAGCUGACGACGGUCAUCCGUAGUAGCAGCAUUUCUACGAUCACGACGGUGUUCUUUGGGGGAGGCACUCCGAGUCUGAUGCGGCCUCGCGAUGUGGAACGCGUCUUGCAAGCCGUCUCCCGGCUCACGGCGGCACCUGUUGCAGAGGUUACGUUGGAGUGCAACCCGAGUCCUGCUGCGAAAGACAGCCUCAGUGACUUCAAGGUGGCAGGGGUCACGCGACUGUCAAUUGGCAUGCAGAGCCUGUGCAAUGAUGCUGAGCUCUCAUUCUUGGGGCGGACACACACGGUUGAAGAAAGCCUGCACUGUCUGGACCGUGCCAUGCACCUAUUUCCUGGCCAAGUGUCGGUAGACAUUCUUUACGGACGGCCAGGACAGACGCUUGAUGGCUGGCUACAAGAAGUGCAACAGGUGGUGCAGCUUGGCACCGCACACGUGUCCCUCUACGAACUCACCCUGGAGAGGGGUACCCAGCUCUUCAAGGAGGUCCAGGCUGGCUUACAGUCCCUGCCAGACAGUGAGACGUGCUCCCAGAUGUACCUGGCCGCUGUUGAGGUCUUGGAGCGUGAAGGACUACUACGCUACGAGGUAUCCAACUUUGCCCACAAGGGCCAUGAGUGCAAGCACAACCAGGCAUGCUGGAGAGGGUUGCAGUAUCUGGGCGUAGGGCCAGGUGCGCACAGCCGUGUACUUGUGGGCGACGGUCGCUGGGAGGCACGGGUGCAGACCCUGGAGCCCAACCCGUGGAUGCAUGAGGUCUCGAAGCGAGGCCACGGGACACGCCUCACACGACCGCUGUCGAGGCAGGACCGCCUGGAAGAGCUUCUGAUGAUGGGACUGCGUACUGCGCGUGGAAUUUGUAACCAGGACUGGCGAGCUGUGUCCGGUGGCGUCGGCUUGCUCGACACCUUCGCUGACUGGGGUGAAACAACACAGCUGCUAGAUAUUGGCCUGCUGUUGCUUGAUGAGAGCUGCCUGCGUGCCACAAAAGCUGGGAUGAAUGUCGCGGACAGCCUCAUCUCCUCCAUGCUGCCACGGCUGAGGGAGAGGACAAGCAGGUAGACUGCCAAGGUGCUUCCCCACAGAGCCACGUGAUGCCUCCUCCUCUGCACAUGUGCAUUGUGGGUUUCGCAGCUGCAUUCGGACUGACCAUGCACAACUCUGUAAGUCGGAGCAGCCAUUUGCAGGUAAAAAGGCUCUGCAAGACUUCAAUAGUCAGAAGACUUCAAUAGCCAGAAGCUGGUGGAAGUUCAUACUUGACAAACAACAGUGCUAACAUAGACGAAGACAAAGAAUUAAGGUUCAGAACACUCAGUGCUGACUGUCGACUAAAUGUGCAUUCGAUAAAAGAACUUGAAUAUGUGA